AUGGCGGCGCAGGACUCGGGUCGGUUGGUGGUGGAUGAGGCACGGUUGGAGGCCAUUGCCAAGGAACAGGCCGAUGUGUGGACGGAUAUCCUGGCGUUGCAGCAGGAUAUUACCGCGCUGUCCAAUGCUGUUGCUGAUCGCCAGGUCUGUGGCUCUCCCUCUCUCUCUCUCUCUCUCUCUCUCUGUGCUCGGCGUCUUCGAAGCGCGGCACCUAUGGAGCAGCUAAGCUCCAAACUGAACGAAAAUCUCAAGCUCAACGACCUGCCCUAUGACGACGAAGGCGACGACGAUUCCAUCCCCAACCACGAGGACUCGAGUGAUAGCAUGGAUAAGCUCGCCAUGCGCCUCUCCCUCUUCAAAUUUCGCGAUCGCACCACACAAAGCUACCAUGAACGCUCCAUUAUCGAGUUUGCCCACCGCGUUCGCUUCAAUCGCCUCAUUCAGCGCCCACCCCAACAUCCCUCCACCUUCACGCUGCUCGCUUCGAUCCGCUCAUUCACCAAUACCUUGCUUGUGCCACCGGCCUUCAACCCCCCCCAACCCUCCUCCGUGCCCGCACAGCACGCCGGGCGCCGUGGCUACAAAAUAUGCUGGACGACCGCCCUUCGUAACCGCACGACCCCGAUAAACUCGACGGCUGAUGAGGAGGAAGAACCAGACACUGAGCAACAAGAGGACAAAAAGGAACAACCGGAUGAGAAAGCUCCCGUACGUCCCCUGCCCCUGCCCAUAUUGGCUCGCUUUCUCCGUUCUCAUCGUGUCAUCUCAUUCUGUACUUGA